AUGGUAGCCCGGAGAUGGGCCAAAAACAGUCUCCCCAGAAUCAAACCAAACACACUGGAUAAAAUAGAGGACUGCAUUCUGAACGGUCCCUAUUUUAAGAAUCUCCAAACGGAUCAAAAUCUUACUACGGCACAGAUACACGUGCAGCCUGGUUCUCUGGAUCCUCCUAGACCCAGACGGAUCCCCAGAACCCAUGGCCAGACCAGGAAUAAUCAAAAUCCUGUUGUCUUCCUGGACCCCGUAACACUAGAGGAUCCAGAAACGAGCACCCAAGAGGCCGAAAACACCCUGGGACCCUCCAAUAACUCGCCCACCCUCCAAGAACAGGAGAACGACACCGGGACACCAGUGAGAAGGAGAGGUUCCAGAGUGAGCUUCCCCCAGGAGCUCUCCACACAGCCGCCCACUCGCGUGUCGUCACCGGAGCCCACUACAAGCCCGCCCGGGCCGUCCCGGCAGGAAUCGCGCCCGCAGCGGGCGGACCGCUCCCCAGCUGGUUCUCCACUAGCCUCAGAGGCAGACCCUGACCUGGAGCAACCCUCGGGCUCGGACGAGGAGGAGGGGGGGCCAAACGUCUAUAAAAUAGAAAAACAUAAAGUGACCAACAGGAAAAGCCUAGACUGGUCCCUUAGAGUGACCAAGCCCGUCUUGAUCCUUGGUGACUCCAACGUCGCCAGGAUCAAAGAUCACACCUUUGCUUCCCUACAAAUAGAUAGCUUCCCCGGGGCCAAUCUUCUCCAUGCUGCAGAGCUUCUCAGCAAUACACCAAACCAGCCCCAGGUGGAGAGUGUGGUCCUUUCAUUUGGUCUAAAUAACAGACAACAAAAACAAAGUGAAACAUGCAUAAAACAAAUGCAGAGGCUAGUCAGGGAGGCAAAAAAGACUUUCCCACAUGCCAACAUUAGGGUGCCCCUAAUCCAAUCCUCCAAAGAGCUCCCCUUAAAGGAGAGGAGUGUGUUGGCGGUCCUCAACCACCACCUAGAGCGAAACAUGCCACACAUUAGGAGACUCCCAGAAGAGGACUUCAGAACCAGGACCGACAAUAUACACUGGACGGAGGAGACGGCCAAGAAAAUGUUACAACAUUGGGCCCGUGAGUUAAACUGGGACUCCCUCCAGUGA